GGGGGGGGGGUGGAAUAGCGUGGGAAAGAAAGUCUUCUGAGGGCUUCGGCUGUUGGACACUCCAACGAGGACAAGUGAGGGGUUAAUGCGAGCGCAUGUGCAUCGGCCCCGGGCUUCUUAUGGCUGUCUGCUCGCUCUUGGUUAGCGGAUUGCUUGUUCGCGGCCCAGCCAAGCCAGAGCAAGAAGUGAAGAUCAUGCCCAUUAGCAGAGUCGCAGUGUCUGGCCGAUGUGACGGCUCAUGCAGCCGUGCAGUGGUGGUGGACUUGGCUGCUCGUUUAGCGCCUGCGAUUCCCGAUCGGGGUUCGUCCGCGGCGCUUGAUUUAAGAUUGAAGCGGCAACCUCUAGCGAUGAGAUCUGGCUGGUGCUCCGUACGGAUAGCGGCAAGGUGAGUUGGGAACGAGAGAGAAUCGCUAUCGGGACUUGCGAUCCCGAAUCUCAGCUUCACCAGCUUGCUGACAGGCGCCGCCCUGUCCACUCGGCCGCCACCUUCCCUUCGAACAGUGAGUGCCCAAAUGCCGCCGUUAGCUGUCGACCUCAAAUCGGGGACGAAUGGUCGAUAGGCUCAGAUGCUCAGGGAGCAGCA